AUGUACAGAAUCGGGCUCGACCUGCACUACUAUGUCCCCAAUCGGGCGCUCAAAGAGGAGAUUGACGGUGAGAGGCAUGCAGAACCCGGCGCUCCCCUUACCAGCAUAGGUUCAAUUUACAGGUUUGGGCUUACCCCCUACCCGGCGCCUAAAGAGGAGAUUGACGGUGAAAGAGGCUUAUGCGCUCAGGUCUUUGGGCUUGCCUCGGCAGUGGAUGAGUGCGCCCAUCUGAGACAUCGUGAUCGUUCUGCUUUCCCCAUCUCUACUCCAUCAAUCAUUGCUCCUACCGUCUCUGCUUUGUCCACUCCUUCCCCCACCUUUGGCAUCUUCAUCCGUGCCUUCCCCAUCUCUGCCUUCCCCAUCUGUGCCUUUUCCAUUUCUGCCUCCUCCCUCAACAAUCCCAGCACCACACCCUCCAAGUAA